UCCCCGCCCACUCCCGCCCGGCCCAGCCCGGCUCCCCUCGGCUCAGCGCUGUGAUUGGGCGGAAGAUGGCGCUGGGCGGAUGGAAAUCCUAAUGACAGUCUCCAAAAUCGCCUCCAUCUGUACCAUGGGCGCCAAUGCCUCAGCUUUGGAGAAAGAAAUUGGUCCGGAACAAUUUCCAGUCAAUGAGCACUAUUUUGGUUUGGUUAAUUUUGGGAAUACAUGCUACUGCAAUUCAGUUCUUCAGGCACUUUAUUUUUGUCGACCAUUUCGAGACAAAGUCUUAGCAUACAAGAAUCAACCAAGGAAAAAAGAGAAUCUCCUUACAUGCUUAGCUGAUCUCUUCUACAGUAUAGCCACCCAGAAGAAAAAAGUUGGAGUAAUACCUCCCAAGAAAUUUAUAACAAGAUUACGAAAAGAAAAUGAGCUUUUUGAUAACUACAUGCAGCAGGAUGCACAUGAGUUCUUAAACUAUCUAUUAAAUACAGUUGCGGAUAUCUUGCAAGAGGAGAGAAAACAAGAGAAACAAAACGGUCGCCUACCUAAUGGCAACAUUGACAAUGAAAAUAACAACCCUCCAGACCCAACCUGGGUUCAUGAGAUCUUUCAGGGAACAUUAACUAAUGAAACCAGAUGUCUUACAUGUGAAACUAUAAGCAGCAAAGAUGAAGACUUCUUAGACCUUUCAGUUGAUGUAGAACAGAAUACUUCAAUCACUCAUUGUUUAAGGGGUUUCAGCAAUACAGAAACUCUGUGCAGUGAAUACAAAUAUUACUGUGAAGAAUGUCGCAGUAAACAAGAAGCACAUAAAAGGAUGAAAGUGAAAAAGCUGCCUAUGAUUCUAGCUCUCCAUUUGAAAAGAUUUAAGUACAUGGAUCAGCUGCAUCGAUAUACAAAACUCUCUUAUAGAGUAGUUUUUCCUUUAGAGCUUCGUUUAUUUAACACCUCGGGAGAUGCCACCAAUCCUGACAGAAUGUAUGACCUUGUUGCUGUGGUAGUUCAUUGUGGAAGUGGCCCUAACAGAGGACAUUAUAUUGCAAUAGUGAAGAGUCACGAUUUUUGGUUGCUUUUUGAUGAUGAUAUUGUUGAGAAAAUUGAUGCACAAGCUAUCGAAGAAUUCUACGGGUUAACAUCAGACAUCUCAAAGAACUCAGAGUCUGGUUACAUCCUCUUCUAUCAGUCUCGGGAUUGAGGGGGAACUACAGUGAAGAGAGAUGUUUAUGCCUCACAUCUUCUCUAUCUUGGAAUGGAGCAAGCACUGAAAAAAAGGAAAGCAGGGAGCUCCAGGGGCAGUAGCACAGUUUGCACACAACUAAGCAAAGUGUUUGGGAUUCUUUGUAUCAUUUGAAUUUAAUUUGCUCAGGUAUCAUGCUGACUACACAUCUCCACUGCACCCAGUAAGCAAAAAGAGAGAUACCAGCCACUCUUGCAGGAGCUUUCCAUUUAUUAUACUGUAUGGUCCUAAUUCAAAGCCCAUUAAGGUCACUGGAGAACCUUUCAUGGACUUCAGUGGAAUUUGCAUCAGGUUCUAACUGCACUGCCACGUUGGUGCAAUAGGAGAGAUAGCAAACUGUAUUUUAUACAGACUUUGUGCAUAAAAGGUAAAGAACUCUUUGUGAACUUAGUUUCUUGUGCUUGAAGUUUAAAAUAAUGAGGGUGGAAGGGUUAACAUGUAAAGAAGAAGAUAUAUCUGGGCCCAACACAGUUGCCUUCUUGAUGGUAGUAGGUUAAGUGAAGAUGUAAACUGGUGUCAGGGAGGCAAGUAUGUUUUGCUUCUCUGAAGAAGCUUACACUAUUUAUAAUAUGUGAUCAGGAACAAUCAGUCAAGAUUUUAAUCUCCGUAUGGGGAACGAUUUGGUUUGUAAGAGUUUAUUUUUAUUUAUAAAUUAUUGUAACUUAGGAUCUUGUGUAUUGUCCUUUAUUCUAACAAGUAUUCGAGAUUUUAUAUAUUGAUUUGAAAUAAAAAUAAUUAUGUUUAAAUGUUAUAGAAGAGCCAAUAUAAAUUCCAUAAACAAUUCCUACAAUGUCUGUAAAAAAUGAAUAACACAGAAGUGAGAUUUCCUUCUGGAGAAACUGGUAUCUAAGUGAGGUACUUUGUUUAAUUAAAUUUGAGUAUCUUCUUUCCAUUAAUGAAUGAAAAAAAAAUUAUUUAUUACAUAGAAGACUUCAAGAGGACGUAUCAUAGGAAAAUGAUGGUGCAGUGGUGGUAUACUGGUCUUUCUAGUUCUUUAAUAAUUUGUUAAGGUUUCAUACUCUAAGCAAAUUAGAAUUAUUUGGAUCAAGGAACUUUUCAGAAUAUUAGUUGCUCUCCUAAAAGUGGGUCAAUUUCCAUUUCCAAUGGAAUGGGUGACUAUCUUAAAAACCACUCAAGGUCUAAAGUAUAAAUUAUAUGUGAGCAGGAAAAAGAAAUAGGCUUGGAGUUUCACAAGACCAAAGAUACCACAUUCCUUUAAAACACUGCAGUCCUAUAGGGGGGCAGUUUCUGAAACUAAGCAGUUAAUUUGCUCUAGGUUUAUGAAACAGCAUUCAGAAUGAAAUCUUGACAAAAUACCUGAUCUGUAAGAAAUGUGAACUAUUGUGGUUUGACAUUAUUCUGCUUACCAGGAUGUUGUUUGACAGUAGCUGAAUGUAACUUCUGGAAAGUCAUGGGAUGUGCAUUCCAGAUUAUGGCAAUCAGGCCUUGGGUGUCCUUGUCACUCCCCCUGCAAUUAGUGAUUUUUAUGUUACUGUAGCUUUCUAAGGUUAUUUUAUUGAUACUGUUACAACUUCUACAAAGAAUAUCUCCUGUCUGCUGCUAUAACUAUUUACUUAGCUGUAUCUUUUAGCUCAGGAAAUGGCUUCACCUAUUCUUUCAGUUGAACAAAUCUUUAACAGGGCCAUCAAACUAAUUGGGCUAUUUAGCAACAGUCAUACUGUAACAAAUUACUUUUUGUAAAAUGCAAAGUUUCUAAAGCCUUGGUUUGGCUAAAAUUCUUUUAUAUAUAUAGUGAUUAAACUACCAGCAUUAUAAAGUACAACUUAAAUAUUGCGAGAGAUGCAGAAAAUAUGAUUGGAUUUUUCUUGAAGGAUUCAAAUAAUUUUAAAACCUUUUUUCAGCUUUCUGUGGGAUUCAUCCCUUUUCUAAGGGGUGAAUCAGCUGGAUAAUGGUGCAUGACAGAAUGAUGAAGUCCUUUGCAUACUAAAGGUACAGUAUUUUAAAAGAACUGUCACAUUACUUUUUGCUUAUUGAAAAUGGGUUUUUUUCCUUUUUUUUUUUUUUUUUUUUUUUUGGUGUUGUUAAAAGCUAAGGCUAGUUGCUAAAUAUUUUAUACCCUAACAAAAUGUAAAACAUUUUUGUUGUAUCACUGGUUUUACUCCUGCAAUGUAUUUUUAUAAGAUACUGACUUUUUUUUUUUUUUUUUUUGUAUAGGGUUUUUGAGAUAGUAUUCCAAAUUAUGUAUUUAAUUUUUCUUUUAGUGCAGCUGAAAUAAUUGUAAGUUCUUAAUUAAACUGAUACCAGAAACUGCAACUUAAAACAAAAAUCAAAGAGGCAAGGAAGUAAAAAAUAUAAGUGGUUGGUAUGUAAAACAUCGUAGGUUUUUUUUUUUCUUGGCUGUAAUACAGUGGGGAUAGUGGAAAAGUUGUCAGUUGUUGUAAAUGGUGGAAAUUAUUUGCUGUGUAACUAUGUAAAUGUUAAUUGGGACUGCAGUCCCCUAUUUUGUAUAUUGGAGCAAAAAACUUCUAUUAAAUAAAGUAUGUUCUCUAAAGGUAAGUACUGGAUCCUUUGUGAAGCCCGAAUGGUUCGGCAGCUGCCUUGUGUGCUUUUUUUGUUUUCAAACCAAAAAAGUAUCUGGAAUUCCCUGCAUUAAACUAACUGAAUGAG